GCUCCUCCUUCAGCACUGCAGUGCCUGGGGCUGGGGGACAGGGCAGGGACAAUCAUCACUUUGUCUUGCAAGAGCCCAACACGCUGUGUUGCUGUCUCCUGCUGCCAGACCUCCAGAUAAUCAGCCUGGAAAAGGAAUGUGGUAACUUCUGUGGGAUCUCUGGGCAGGAAUAAGGGAAGAUGCCAGCUGUGGAGCAGGGGAGGCAGAGGGGCCGUGCUGCUGUCCUUGGGCUGUUCCUCACUGCUGCUCUUGUUGUAGCUGUCCAGAGUGCCUGCCAAGCUCCGCCACGUCUCCCAUCUGCAGAACUCAAAGAGCAAUACCAAGGUGCUACCAGAUUUCUCUACAAUUCAGUGGUGGAAUAUGUCUGUCGUCCAGGCUACAAGAGAAAUCCUGGAGCCCGAAACACCCUUGUUUGUGGAAGGAACAGCAUGUGGCACGGGUCAAAGGAGAUCUGUAUACCAAAGAUGUGCAGCCACCCCGGCCAGCCAGACAAUGGCAGACUUGACCUACAAGAAGAGGUCAGUUUUGCUUUUGGUUCAACAGUGAACUUCACCUGCAACCUUGGGUACAGGCUGGUUGGAAGUUCUCAGAUUCAGUGUGUGAUUAAAAAUGAUGCUGUAACAUGGGACAGAGAUACUCCCCUCUGUGAACCAAUACCAUGUCCACCCCCUCCCACAAUAGCCAAUGGAGAGCACAGUGGAACCAACCAAGAGCUCUUUGAGUACGGAUCAUCUGUCACCUACCACUGCCACCCAGUCAGGAGGGGAGAGAGUCCUUUCUCACUGGUGGGAGAUGCCUCUAUUUUCUGUACAACCACAGAUCAUGUAAACGGUGUCUGGAACAAACCAGCCCCUGAGUGCAGAGUGGUGAGCUGCGAGCAGCCCAGCCUGGAGAACGGGAAGCUGCUGAGCGGGUACCGGCCCCGCUACACCUACCGGGACACUGUGCUGUUCGACUGCAACUUCCGCUACACCCUGAACGGCAGCGACACCUCCACCUGCAGCCAGGAGGGGCUCUGGCACCCACCGCUGCCCCGCUGCCAGCUCAGUAGCUGUGAGGACCCUCCAGAUGUGGCUAAUGCUUUUAAAGCAAAACUUGCUGGCAAUUUGUUUCCUGUGGACACUGUCAUUACCUACGAGUGCAAGGAGGGCCACCAGUUCAGCCCGGGAGAAACCACGCGGCACGUCCAGUGUCUGCAGGAUUUUACGUGGACUGAAACUCCACCUCCUUGUGAGAGAAUCUCUUGCCCUGCUCCAGACAUCAGAAAUGGAAAGCCCUUGUAUGUAUGGGAAGAAAAGGACAGUUACGUGUAUGGAGACAGACUUGAAAUUACCUGUGAUGAUGGCUAUACCUUCAAAGGCCAUGGGGAUAACGUUGUGCUUCAGUGUACGAGUGAGGGGAGGUGGAACCCAGCCAUCCCAGAGUGCACCCAAGAACCUCGCUGCCCAAGGCCAGACAUUGCUCAUGGAAGAGAGAUUUUUAAAAGUAAAAAUGACUACACAGUGGGGACCCUGCUGAGGCUGGGGUGUGAUUCUGGGUAUGUGCUCAGGGGCCAGGACUCAACCCGGUGUCAGGCUGAUGCGACCUGGGCUCCCUCGUUACCGUUUUGUGAUCAAGCCUGUGACCCCCCUCCACAGAUCCCCCACGGGCAGCACUCUGCCUCGGGACAGGCUCACUUCCCCUACGGUGCCGUGGUGACCUACAGCUGCGCAGAGGGUCUGUCCCUCGUUGGGGACGAGUCCAUCUACUGCACCUCGGACGACGGGGAGGCCCUGGCGUGGAGCGGCCCUGCCCCGGAGUGCCGGCUGGUUCGGUGCCCCAGGCCCGCGGUGCAGGGGGCUCGGGUGGCUCCGCAGAGCUUCAGCUUCGGCUACGGGGCGGCCGUGCGGUUCUCCUGCCAGGAAGGCUUCGAGCUGCGCGGAGACGCCGAGAGCCGGUGCCUGGAGGAUGGUGCCUGGCACCCUCCCCUGCCCUCCUGCCAGCCAGUUCGGUGUCGCCAUCCCUCGGCACAGGAGGAGGAACUGACUUACCCCUCAAAAAAAACCCAGUACGAGGUGAAUGAGACUCUGACCUUCUACUGCAGAACUGGUACCUAUUCAUCAGAACGUUCAGUAACUACCUGCUCAUCUAAUGGCACUUGGGUACCACCACCCACGUGUAAAAAACGUGAUGCAUGUGAGAAGAUUCUUCAAAAUAGGGAAGCUUUCCAGUGUGGAAUUCCUCUGGCAGAACUUAAAACUCUGCUGGAGAUCCAGAAACUGUACCUGGAGAUCCAGAAACUUGAAAAGGAGCUAAAAACCAGAGCAUAUGGCUGACUGUCAUCGCUGGUAUCCUAAGAACUGUCCUCUUUGUAUGCUGAAUAAUCAUGCUGACUAAGGAUUUUGUUAUGACUUUAUGAUUUAUGCUAAUGCUUAAGUAGCCAGAGCAAAUUUUACCAAUCAGACAAGGAAAAGAGUUGGUCAUAUGGGGAGUCAGAAGGUGACUUCUCCAGGCUCAUGCUGUUAGAGCUCACUGGGUUAGGGUUGUACAUCACUUCAUACAUUUUAAACCUUUACACUUAGAUAUGUUUGCUAUAGUGACAAGGGUGCAAUUAGGACGGAGCCAAGUUGAAGGGAGAUUUUUGUGGGAGCUGAGCAGAGGCUUUUCUGUGUGUUCCGUUCAUAAUUGUCAGCAAGCACUUAACUGCCUGGUUAGCUGUGACCUUCAGAGCAGGCACAAUGAGGAAAACUUCCAAGCCUGUUUCCUAGCAAAUUGCCAGGUUUUCCUCCCAAGCAGGACAGCUGUACCCGAGGCCACAGUGGUGCCACUUGCUGCAUCUUCGUGUGCACCAAGAGCAGCUGAUGUAAGAAAAAAAAUCUAAAGAAAGAAGCAGCUGACCUGGUUCUGCAGGGCCUGGUAAAGGGGAAGUGCUCUGUUCGCAUGCAUCUUGUCAUCAGACCAGGACUCCUCACCACAAAAUUAUAAUAAACCUGCAAUUGC